UCUCCAACAUGGCACCCCCAGCUAUCCUGAGAUGGCAGCUCCAGAAUUCCCUAUGCUGGGUGGGUUCUGCUGGGAGUGGCCGAAGCAGGUCACAUUAUGGAAGAUCAUUCAAGUCUGCAGACUGGAACCCCAUUUCGUCAAUGGGACAGACAUUCAUAGUGACUAAGUCACAACCCAACAAUCUCAGUGGGUGGGCAUAAGACCCAAGGCUACAAAAAUGAACUUCUACUUGCCCUUCAGGCAGCAUGGAGCCCACAGCCAGAUGCUCACUAGCAUCCUUGUUUAUCCUUCAGCACAAUUAUCUCACUCAACUUACUCCUUCCUUACUUUACCUAGACGGAGACGUUGCUCAUGGCUGGUGCUAUGAAGUUUCUCCCCAGGCUUCCUGGGUUCAGGUCUGCUGGUGUUCCUAAAUUCUCUUGUAGAUUCAACAGCCAGACCACCCAUGCAUUUUUAUCUCUGGCUACCACCGAUAAUGAACCUCAAUACAAAGAUGUGCCAGAAUAUUUUAAUUUUGCAAGUGAUGUCCUCGACAAAUGGAGCCAAAAAGAAAAGGAGGGGAAGAGGCCUUCCAAUCCAGCCCUGUGGUGGGUUGGAGAGAAUGGUGAAGAGGUGCAGUGGGACUUCCAGCAGCUGAGCUACUUAUCCAGGAAAGCUGCCAACCUGCUCUCGGAGGCCUGUGAUCUGGGCAAGGGAGACCGAAUCCUCAUGAUACUUCCUAGGGUGCCUGAGUGGUGGCUGAUCAGCUUGGCUUGCAUCAGAAGCGGCAUCGUCUUCAUUCCAGCCACAGUCCUCUUGACUGCUCCAGACAUAUUGUACAGACUCCAGCAAUCCAAAGCCCAUGGUAUUAUUGCCAACGAGGCUAUUGCACCGCUAGUAGAUGCGGUGGGGUCUGAAUGCAGCUGGCUGAAAACUCGGAUCCUGGUUUCCAAAAGCAGCCACAGGGAAGGUUGGCUGAACUUCCAUGAUUUACUACAAGCUGCCUUUGACAAGCAUCAACCUGUUCAAACGAAGAGUCUCGAUCCAAUGACCAUCUACUUUACCAGUGGGACCACGGGCUAUCCCAAAAUGGUGCAGCAUUCCUACAGUAGUUUGGGAUUUGGGCUGAGCAUUGCUGCCAGAAACUGGAUGGCUCUGACUUCUUCAGAUGUUGUGUGGGGUCUUUCUGAUCCUGCCUGGAUAAAAUUUGUCUUUGGAGCCUUCUACUGUCCUUGGACCCAAGGAUCAUGCAUAUUUGCACAUGCUUUGCUCCAGUUUGAUCCAAAAGUUGUUCUGGAGUCUCUUGCCAAGUAUCCAGUGACAACCUUUUGUGGCACACCGACCAUUUUUCGGAUGCUCCUUCAACACAAUGUUAGCAGGUAUAAGUUCAAGAGUCUGCAGACCUGCGUGUGUGGUGGAGAACCAGCUAAUCUAGAAGUACUCAAGCAGUGGAAAACAGAGACUGGGUUGGAUAUCCAUGAAGGCUAUGGACAGACAGAAACUUCCUUGAUAUGCUGUACUUCAAAAGAGAUGAAAAUCAAAUCUGGAUUCAUUGGAAAACCUCUUCCUGGCUUUGAUAUCCAGAUCAUUGAUGAAAACGCCAAUCGUCUUCCUGCUGGAGAAGAAGGGGACAUUGCAAUAAAAAUCAAGCCGCAAAGGCCUCUCGGACUUUUCACUUGUUACGUGGAUGAUCCUGAGAAAACUGCUGCCACUACACGUGGGGACUUCUACCUCACUGGAGACAGAGGACUCAUGGAUGAAGAUGAAUACCUCCAGUUUAUUGCAAGAGCAGAUGAUAUCAUCUUAUCUUCUGGAUAUCGCAUUGGCCCAUCUGAAGUGGAGCACGCUUUGAUGAAGCAUCCUGCAGUAGUUGAAGCAGCUGUUGUCAGCAGCCCAGAUCCCAUCAGGGGAGAGGUUGUGAAAGCUUUUAUCAUCUUAACUCCUGCCUACCAAUCACAUGACCGAGAGGAAUUAAGUUUGGAGCUGCAAGGACACGUGAAGAAAAUUACAGCUCCAUAUAAGUACCCCAGAAAGAUCGAGUUUGUUCAACACCUACCCAAGACCAUUUCUGGAAAAGUCCAAAAGAAGUUGCUGAGAAAAAAAGAAUGGGAGAAAGCCUAAUGGACUUGGGAGCUAACAAGGGACUUGAGGAGAGGGGCAUGGUCAGCAAAAUCAACCAACUUCCUCAGUGGAUGACUGUAUGCUGGGAAAUAGAGUUCUGCAAAGUUCCCCUUUCUCCUUGUGGUGGUGAUAAGAGAAGGAUUCAACUGAUUAUCACAAAUUAUUUCCCAGAAGUCCACUUAGAAAUGCACUGAAAGCAAAUGAGGAGGUAUGCUCCAGUGUCAAACCUUACCCCCAACCUGUUGUGAAGGCAAGGGAAAGUUUAGAACAACAGUGAAACCAACUGGGUUGGUUGAACACAGUUACAAACCAAUACAGUAGGAGCAGGAGAGCUGGGGUCCUUCAAGCGUUCUGGAUUUCUCAUUUCCAUAAUCCCCAACCAGAAGAGCUAAUGGUCAGAAACUGUGGAAGCUGUACUCCAAAACAGUGGGAAAGCACCAGAUUGUUGAUAUCGGUUCCAUAUUAUCAAGAAUCAGUCAACAACAUGGAUUGAAACCAAGUUCAGGCAUGGAGGUCUACAUCACCCUCCAGAUGUUCACAAAAAUAAUGUUUGGAAGAAAGUUAAUGGUCUUGAUCAAUUUGAUGUUUCUAAAUAUUUUUGACGUCUGUU